AUGUAUCAAGUCUACUGGGGAACGUACUCCAUCGUUCUCCUUGCCAUAGUCGAUAGUGACUACAAGUUUGUGGUCGUGGACAUUGGCGCCUAUGGCAAGCAGAGCGAUGGCGGAGUCCUCCAGCAGUCGCAGUUUGGGCAGCGCUUGGAGCAAGGCCAGCUGCAACUUCCGAGAAGCUUGGCACUGCCAAACACCAUGCAGCAAGCUCCAUGUGUGUUUGUUGGUGACGAGGCUUUUCAGCUCCGGCCAGACUUCCUGAGACCAUACCCUGGACGAGAGCUUGAGGACAAGAAGCGGAUCUUCAAUUACCGCCUGAGCAGAGCAAGGAGGUGUGCAGAGAACGCCUUCGGAAUCCUCGUGACACGCUGGAGGAUUCUCGAGAGGACAAUGGGCGAAAAUCCCAAGAAUGCCGAAGAGAUUGUUAAAGCCCUAUGUGUGCUGCACAAUUUCCUUAUGCAUAGGAGCGCAGAGGGUGACGAUGCAUACUGCGGCCCUGGAUAUUCGGAUUCCAUCAAUGGCUUUGGGCUCCGACGGUCUGGCCACUGGCGUCAGCAGCUAGUACAGCCACCUUUGCAAGUGGCUCGCACCCAGGCACGCAAUUUUGCCCAAACAGCUCGGCAUGUCAGGGAAAUUUAUGCUGAUUAUUUCAGCAGUAGUGCGGGAAGUGUGUCCUGGCAGGAUGCAAUACUGCACCACUGA